AUGCUUUUAGGUUUUUGCGAGGAUUACAAACGUGUGGUUAUUAACGCUCGUCAUGAAUUGAUUUUGAUACGAGCGCGCACUGACAACAAUUCAAUCAAGGGAGAUUCGAAGACGGAACCUGAAAUUGAACUACUUAAAGUACAGUGGCGAAUGCCUCACGUUAUGUUGAAUGAGGCCAAUAAACUAUCUUUGUUGCGAGCUUUGGAAAGCGGACUAUAUCUGAGUAUGAGUUUCCGAUCAUGGGAACUGUACGAGUACCCGCUAUUGCAGAGCACAACCCGACAUUCAUGGGCAAUCAAAUCUGCGACUCAGUUAGAGAAACCGCGAUAUGUUAUCUUUGCUCUGCAGACUGGUCGAAAGAAUAUCAUGUCUGAAGAUGCGAGCGUAUUCGAUGACUGUAAUCUGACCAACGUAAAACUUUAUCUCAACUCUGAAUUUUAUCCAUAUGAUGACCUAAAUUUAGACUUCAAAAAAAAUAAAUACGCUAUACUUUUUGACAUGUAUGCACGUUUUCGUAAAGCUUAUUAUGGAUACGACUGCUAUGAAACGCUUUGCACCGUAACCACAUUUUUGACGAAUGGACCUUUCGUAGUCAUCGAUUGCGCGCGACAGAACGAGUCUAUCAAGAGUGCUACUGUGGAUGUGCGCAUAGAAUUUGAUUGCAAGGAGAAUGUGCCUGCAAAUACUACUGCCUACUGUCUCAUCUUGCACGAUCGUGUCAUCGAAUACUGCCCAUUGUCCAAUGUAGUACGCAAAAUCAUGUAA